AUGGUCACAAACCGCAUCAGAGUUGUCGAAGGCUCUUGCUGGCCUUGCAAGAAACGCCGCAUCAAGUGCGACCUGACGAAGCCGCGUUGCGUACGUUGUACCAAGAUUGGCGCGGACUGCGAUUUCAGCACUCGUCGCCUUAAAUGGAGCACUCGGCCUACUAUCAAAGCCCCAGCCAUCUACCAAAUCGCUACAAGGGAUGAGCAAUUGGCAUUAUCACUUGCGGCUGAUGAGAAGCGCGCCCUGGACUACUUCCGUCACCGUCUGUGGCCGAUGCUCACGACGGCUCAAGAGCCUUGCGCCGCACCAGUAUUGCAGGCUCUUGAGAACCGCGUCGUGUUGUUGGCGACAUGUGUUAUCGCGGAUGCUCAUAGAGUCCUUCAAGACGGCCGGAACAGCCGGAACCUUCUUCGGAUGAAGCGGUUGGAGUGCCUUGCUGCUGUCCGUGGGGAAUUGUGUGGUGCACAGAUUGACAUGAUCGAUAAAGAGUCGCUCAUGACAUUGCUACUGGCAGUGCUUCUCUUGUAUUUCCACGACGGCUAUCUUGAAUGUGCGCAGUCGUCAGCAUCGACGUUGAGUCAUCAUGGCGGUGUGCGGGCGAUCGUCGAUACCCUCGGCGGCAUCAACACAGUACUCAACACCAGUCAUGAAUCAAUCCACAUGCUGCUCUCCGAAUUUGCAUCAACAGAUCUUACAACGGUCAUGCUAAAAGGGGGCCAUCCGGCUUUUCCGCCAGAAAUUUGGAACACAAUAGACAAUCGAUCCGUAUGGUGGGGAAAAGAUAUUCUAGGUCGGUCUUCGCUCGCUUCGGUUUUCCACCACACGUCGAGAUUAGCUUGGUAUCUCGACUCACUUAGUCGUGGAGAGGUCGAACUCUCCAUGGCUACUGUUCGCGGUUUCGAGACAGCUCUUUCGCCAACGUACGCCAGGAUUAUGGAUACGAGUGGAGGCGCGAGCGACAGCGACUUUGAAUCGAAAGACGAAGCGAAUCACGCCUUUACACUGAUUCGCGCUUUUCAGCAUACGGCUCUUAUAUACAUGUAUCGAGCCAUAUGCGGUUUACCAGUUGGACACUCACUUGUGCAGCAACACGUUCUGCCCUGCUUGGAGUGUAUCCUUGAUAUCAGGCAGCCGGCAAAGGUGCUCAACUGUGUCGUCUUCCCGCUUCUUGUGGCCGGUGCACAUGUUCAAUCUCCAAGACAUCGAAAAGCAGUGCUGGGGCUGGUGCAUGUUAUUCGUGACGAGAUGCGCUUCGCCUCGUUUAAUUCUGUCAGCGACGUCUUGACUGGUAUCUGGAAAGAAGGUCAGGAGGAUGUCACAUGGUUCAGCAUGUUUUCCGAGUUAGCAGCGGAUGCGAUUGUACUUUGA